AUGAUUUGGUGUGUUAUCGAUGAUCUCAAGUUUGAGCAGGGCAGUGCCCUAAAUGCAGUGGCUCUUGCCGGCAGUUGGAAGCUUAGUAAUCUUUGUGUUAUUUACGAUGGCACGUAUGAUACAAUGAGCGAAAACCUUGAAGUUGAUAACUUCAAGACGCAUGGCUGGAAUGUACUCGAACUGAUGAGUGAUGAAAGCCUCAAUAUCAUCGCCCUGUGUACGGCCCUCAAUGACUCAAGAAGAAGCAAUGCGCCGACGCUGGUCAGCAUGCAAUUGCCGAAUCGCUCCCUGUCACACGAAGUAGACUCUCAUCUCAACAAUAACGCUCCACUCUACCUCCCGCAAGAGCUUUACGAUACCUUCCUAGAUGUAUCCAAGAAGAGCAAUAUAUACAAGGCCGAGUGGCUGGCGAGGGUAAAGAAAUAUCGAGAACUGUACCCGGCGCUCGCCCGGGAGUUCUGGUACCACGUUGCCGGCAGGGCAGCAACCAUCACUCAUCACCAACCUGCACUUACUAGCCCGAUACCUCUACCAAUAUCUUCCUUACCAGUUGAGCAGUGGUCCCGAAGAAGAGAACGCAGAUCCUCCAGGAGGGAUGACUUUUCACAGCAGCCAGACAGGCGUUCGAGGCCAGGGAGGACAAAGCCCGAAACCUUUCACAUUCGCCCCUGCGACGCCGAAGAAGCUGCAGGCGCCUUUCUCGUGUCCACCAGAUCAACCAAGAUAACAACAACUAUUUCAUUGCCUCUGAAAGGUGACAUAAGCUUUCCUGGUCACUCGUCUCGUCUAGGUGUGACAAAUGGAGCUUACACGUUCUCCAAAUGUCACGACGAGGACUUUGACUUGACCCUCAUAUCCGCCGGCGUUGGUAUUCACUAUGCAAUGGGCACACAAGAGUUUCUCAUAAGGAAGUAUGGUUUGAAAGCCAGAAUAGUUUCAUGUCCCUGCCUUAGACUAUUCCAGCUGCAGACAGAGGAGUAUAGGAAAUCUAUCCUUCGACCGCAGAGCAGGAAGCCGACCGUGGCAAUUGACUUUGGGAAUAGCCAGGAAUGGAAAGCUUAUGCAGACGCAUUAAUGAUGUUGGAAAACGGCGCGAAUGCAGACAUAGAGGUUAAUAUGCUUAAUAGGAUUGGGUCUAGGGUUAAAGAUUUUGUUCAAGAGCAUGGACAUGUUAGAACACGAGCGAGAGAAAUACAUCGUUGUCCCACAAUCAACUGGCUGGUAGCCACAACAUACGAAGCCUGGGCCUUUGGAUACGCACACAAAACCGCAGAGAAAGCAGGAUAUAAGCGGGAGCUCGACGCUGCUGUUGCUGGACUGCGAGUGAUGCACAGACGAGGAAUUGUCGUUCUACCAGGAGUUGACUACGGUUUUGCGUGGACGGCUCACGGAACAAAUGCGCGUGAUCUUGAUAAAUUCGUGAAGUUGCUUGGUCCCACUUCGCACGAGAGCAUCAUCGCUGCAACUGCUGGAAUUGCUACGCUGAUGAUGAGGGGACAUGAGCUCGGUAAGAUCCAGCCUGGAUACUAUGCCGACUGCAUACUUGUCGGUGGCGAUCCCCUGCAAGACAUCUCGAUCCUACAAGAUCAAGAUAAACUUGAUGUUACUAUCAUUAACUGUCGAGUUCAUAAGGCAGGAGGAAGGAGUACUCUAUGGACCCAUCAGGAUCACUUUGGCAUGGGAUGUCACGUCAUUUAA